GCGCGUCAUUUGCUGCAACGUAAUCCCAGCCAUCCCAAACUCCCAUAUUCCCGGCGUCCUGUUCCGUUAUUCCUCCAUAUCAGUGGUUUGAACUACUGAACUGAAGUUGAAGAGCUGAAGCUGAUAUUAUGGGCGGAAUUUCAAUAUGAACUGAAGUUUAUUUAUUUGCCUGUAAAGAAGCGCUGCGUGGUGUGCAGCAUUGGUGGACAGAGGCGUGGAUGUGGCAAUGGUGCUGGAUCUGGGUGAGAACUGCAUGGAGCAGGCUAAUGGAGGAGGGCUCGCAAAGAACGUCUCAGAAAUGUUAGAACCAGAGCCCAGCACAGAGAAACCCAAACCAGUCAGAGCCAGGACCAGCAGCAUCACCCAAAGAGACAGAUCCACCCACAAUGGGCCACAGCCUUGUAGCACAUGGGAUGGCGGCUCCCAGGUUCAGCGAAGGCUCCAGAAGACGGAAGGUAGUAAUAAAGGAGAAACUGCGCAGCCAGGGGAACCUUCCAAACAGCCACCAUGUCGAAGGCCUCUUAGUCUGGAAAUAAAACCACAGCGAAUUAGAGCAACGCAGCCAGUGCAGAAGCCACCGUGGCGUAGCGGUGGCCCUUCUCCGCCCAUGCGAAGCCUGACGAGUCUUAGUUUAGGGCCAGGAAAUUGGCUUCGACGGAGUGAGAGCACAUGCACGAUGAACUCCACGACGCCCCCACGUGCUGGCAGGGGUCAAAUGAGACCUGCAACCUCCUUGCCACAUAUUGCCAGAGGUAUCGCACCCCUUCCUUCGCCUUCAACACCUCGUGGGCCGUGCCUGCUUGUGGCUCUUCGUCCCACAAACCUGGAACAGGAGCGUCAGGCCUUUUUUCAGUCUAACUAUCAGUAUGAGCCCCAGUUUGAGUACGCCUCCCCAGAGCCCAUCAGUGUUUUGGAGAAGUACAGAGAGGGCUCUGGUCUCUUUCUGUCCCAGGCAGUUGGAAUUAUGGAGUGUGUGUUGAGAAAAUAUGAGACUUAUGAAAACUUUGAAGAGGUCACUGGAGGCAACUUGCUACCGAAGAGUCAAGUGUGGGCAGCAACACGCAAGUACCUACAGAAGGAGGGCUGUGUCGGUGAGGUGGUUGUAAGUCUCUCCGAUGAGCUUCUGUCCCAGGCAGUAAUGAUGGUGGAGAGUUGUCGACCAACACUAACUAUUAACUUGUCAGGAGCACGCCAACACUGGCUUGAGGGCAUGCUUAGACAUGAGAUUGGCACACAUUACUUACGGGGUGUGAACAACAGCAUGCAGCCAUGGGCCACUUCUGUUGGGAGAAAGCAAUUUGGACUGAAACCAGCUAAUCCUACUGAAGAGGGGCUUGCUAGUCUUCACAGUGUGUUGCUACGGAAACAGCCCUUCCUGUGGCGAGCCGCUCUGCUAUACUAUACUGUAUACCAUGCCACAAACAUGAGCUUCAGCCAACUGUUCAGCCAUAUUGCUCGCUUUGUCCAAGAUCCUGCUGUUCGUUGGGAAUACUGCCUGCGCGCCAAACGAGGACAAACAGAUACCUCAAAACCAGGUUGCUUUAGUAAAGAUCAGGUCUACCUUGAUGGAAUUUUAAGGAUUUUACGCCACAGGAGGAACAUUGAUUUUAAGACAUUAACCGCUCUUGGAAAGGUUUCAUAUGAAGAUGUGGAGAGACUUCGGCAUUUGGCUGUUCUACGUAGAACCAGGAUUCCUCACUUCAUGCAGGAUGAAGAACGUUAUCUUCAACACCUCGACCACAUUGUCACGGUGAAUGAACUGAGCGACGCGGAGCUGCAAGAGCUCAUUCCAUGAAGACAUGGGUUGGCUACCAUUUAAACGCAUUGUUCCAAAAUCAUUUUUUUUCAGGUUUUCCCAGCCAAAAAAAAGUGUCUGCAAAACUGGGAUUUUUAAAAAACGAUUGAUAUAAUCUUGGAUGGUACAUCAUGAAAACGUGAUCCAUGAUGAUCAUCAUCCAUAAAAACAUACAGCAUGGUUGUGUCCAAUGAUUGAUGUAGUAAUUUGCUACAUCAAGUGCCAUAUUACUCAGUAAGUCUGUUUACAAAUACAAUGAUUGUCUGUUUUGUAAAAACAUAUGAAUCUCAGGCAUGAAAGACAUGUUUGGAUUCUUGCAAACCUAAGGUAUGUUCGGAAUAGCAUACUACCGUACUCAUACUAUUUUUGUAGUAUACUGUGCACUAGACCUGCAUGAUUCUGAAAAAAUUGAUAAUCACGAUUCUAAAAAGACAACUAAAAAAAAUAAUUUUUUUAAUCGGGUUGAAUGAAUGAUUCAACGACUCGCUCAUAAAGACCUGUUUCAUUACUGGACGAAUCAGUGUUUUUGAACAAAUCUCUUGAAUGAAUAAUUCAAUGACAAAUGCAUUUUUUAACAGUCACGUAUCGCCACCUACUGGUGUAAUGAUGUAAUUGAUACAAUCUUUAUAUGAAUCAAGUCACAGUACUUUCAAAAAGUGAUUUUGAUCGCUUCCGUAUACAUCAGUGUUUAUAUCUGACCUAUAAACUUUUAUCCCAGUACUUCUGUGAUAUUUUUAAUUACUGUAAGACAGAAAUAAUGAUACUGUGUGGUUGAAAAGACUGUUGUCAAAGGUUUAAUGGACACAGCCUAAUUGAAUCUAGAUCUUUUGACAAUUAAUUGCGCAGCUCUACUGUGCACAGUAUACAAAUUUUCUGAAUGCAUGGAGUACAUGAAGGAUGUUAUGCCAAAAUGUGCAGUAUACAGUCAUAGUACACCGUGUGAAGUACUGUAAUGCAAUGGGCUUGACUUCACCCUCAGUUUUCAGUGUUAUGACUAAACCGUCAUUUUGUUCUUGAUUCACAAGUUGAUCAAACUGAACAAAAUAGGAUAAUGCAAAUGCAAAAAAGUAAUCAAUUUCAGAGUUGUCAAUGGGAUGUUAUGUGCUGAUUUAAACAUACAAUGUUGAGACUGUCAUACAAAACACCUAGUAGUAUACUAUUGCAUUGCAUACAGUUUUAAUAUACUACAUGGUAUGCAGUACACUAGUAUUCCAUUCCGAACGCCGCCAUACUCGUGAGAAGCUAAAAGAUGGUCAUGUAGCAUUUUAACUGCACUCAUAAUGUAAUGGACACAUUCUAUCAUGCUAGCUAGAUACUAUUACACACAAGGCAUAACUAUAUCAGCACUAAAUCAAUUAAAACUCCCCGACAGUAUUUAUAUGGGAAUUCACACAUGAACCUACAAGCCUGUUGGGUUCUACCAGUGAAUUUCUCUUAUUUAUGUAUUUAUUAUUUGUUUACCUCUUGUAUUCACGUUAAGCACUGAAUGUUCUGUGGUAUUAGCUUUAUACACAGUAGCAAAUGCCUUUUUUUUUCUUUUUUUUUUCAACUUAGUAGGCCUAUAGCAAGCAAUGCAAUAAGACACCAAGGCUGACUCAGUUCCACAAAACUUUCAUUAGAAAUCUCUUUUGAAUAAAAAUGGCAUUAACGAACACAACUGCCUCCUUUGGCAGUUAUUAUUUCUAAUCAGGGCUAAUGAAAUGCUACUAUUGUAUCUAGAGAUAAUCAGUGUUCUUCUGAGAGCACCCUUGGUGGUCUUCAUUACCUGUGCUAAUGUGAUGUGACACCUUUGUAGGAGACUCUGCCUUUCGUACCUGUUUAAAGCAGUCCAGCUGGCCAGCUUCCUCACUGUGCAUAUUAAGAUUGCGACGGACUCAGGAAGAAAAAUGGGAGGUCAUGUGGAUGUGCCUUAUAUGGGUUCAAAACUCAUGUGUCAUGUCAUAGCUACAUGUUUUAUGCUUGAAAUUACAUAUCCAUUUGUAUUUAUCAUCAUUGUCAGUACUGCACGAAUAUUGCACAUUUCACAAUAAGUUGCUGUUAUGUUAUUAAAAUUAUACACUGAAGUCCCUAGAA